CGCCAGACCGGCAGAGUACUACCCACCGCACAAAAUUUCCCCAAUCUACCGAGACUAGCCGUCGCCGCCCGCCGCAGCGAAACGAGAGGAAACCCUAGGCCAAAAAUUCCCCAAUGGCUAGCCCCGCCGCGGGCGACCAUCACUACCUUUUCGUAUGCACCCACGGCGAUUGUCAGCUUCGAGAUGUUGUUUCCCAUGAGUUCGCCGAGGAUCAUCGCCGUCACCACGAACGCGAAGAUGAUCGCCGUCGUUCCGAGCUGGCCCACGCCAAGCGGGAGCUUGAGGUCCGCCGCACGGACGCCCAACGCCAUCGAGGGCGGCGCAAGGCCAGCUCUCUUGAGUCAUCUUCCGGCGAAACCGGGUGUGAUGAACAUGUCGGAGAUACUACUCAGCCACCAUCAGCACACGCAGUACAAGAGCUAGUUGAUUCAUUCUCAAAUCAGCUACCUGGGAGGAUUGAUGACAAAGGAAAAUCACCCAUGGGUAUUUUCGUGGAGGCAAAGGACCUGGUUUCUUACACACGUGACUGGGAAAACUCUUGGGGUGGCGAGUUCGGCUCCUUCGAAUACUACAGUAAUCUACCGUGCGUCAGAGCCAUGCUCUUCACAUGCAGACCCACCCCAUCUCAUGCAGGUGUCAAGACUUGCCUGCAGAUCUUCUCCAUCAGAGUCACAGAGAUCAAUGAUGCUCUUGAGUGGCCACUCGAGGUCUAUGGCUUGGUGGCCACCCGAGACUCAGUGGAUCAUAAUCGCAACGUUAUCUUCAGACGCGGGAGGGACGCCUGCCUACAACUCACUCAACAGGAUCCAUUAUUGACGCUGACCGGCCCAUCUCGUGCGAUCGUCUUCACCGGCCCUGUCGACGUCGAGAUCCAACUCAGACUGAAGGGAAGAACCACAGAGCAUGAGGACAAAGAUUUGAUCUCCAAAGUGUUAGUAUACGGACGUGAUCCCAGUGACAAAUUUGCCGACGCAGGCAUAGGCAACCACGACAUCAUGCACAGCAGCUGUUCUUCUGAGUUGUGCUCCCUACAGGUUACCUCCGCCCUGCUUGCCGGAGCGGUCGAGGCCACAGUGAUCUGUGCUAAAGUCAUCCAAGGUCGAUGGCCCAAAAACCUGGGAAUCCGCAUUGUUGCCCGCUCCGCCAGCAUAGACGAGGAUUUGGUACUGCUUGAUGCUCGAGACGGGACGUUUCGUGUGGAUCUAGCCGAUGGCAUCAUCGCCCUCUCUAGACAUGUUGUCUGCGUGGAAAAAGAUGGGAGGCUGAAGCUUUGUAUAGAGGCCUACAGCAAGAGGAGCGGAUGCAUGUAUGAAAAAUCCGAUGUUACCGAGUUGGUCCCCAAGAGAUCCUCCGCCAGUCUUGGCAGAUGCAAGCUUGCCUUCUGCACGGUUCAGUUCACUGUAGGUUGGUCGUGCCUCGUGGCCAGAGUGGAUGACCUGAUGACCUAUGGCAUCUGAUCUGAUGCAACCAACCCAACCAUUUAUUUAGCUGUGGAGCAGUGGUAUGUUAAAGAUGCUGAACUGCUGUUUAUGUAGUGUAGUAUGGCUAACAAGAAGUCAUGUUAGUUUGAUCAAGUGUCCAGACAUUGACUGGUCGGUUAAUGUUUAUGCUGAACUGCUGUCAGAUAAGUCAUGUUUGUAAUGGGGUAAAGUGUCCAGAACAGUAAGUCAUGUUAAUUCGAUCGCUAUUUAUAUCUUGGUUGAUGA